AAAUGCACGUGAAGUGUCGCUGGUUUGAAGCAAAACACGUUGUUUUAUUACCGCGCACAGCACUAUUGCUCAUAGCUAAGCGAUCAGGAGCAAGUUUUGUAAAUUCCCUCGAUGCGGAAAAACACCCCCAUAAAAUUAGGCAAAGUGUAUUACCUGCGGUGAAAGCUUCAGUUUUAGAAGAUGUCAUAUACAUAUUUACUAGUUGUUUUGGAGUAUUUAAUAUUUUCUCUACAUUUUAAAGAGUACCUGUGCCAGCAUAAAGUCGCCAGUUCUUGUAAUGGUAAUAAUUUACAAAUCAACUGCUUGGACAACGAAAAAAUAGCAAUAGAAAGAAUAUUUUUUGGAGCGAGGUCCACAGUUUCCCCACUCGAUUGUAAUGCGGAGGGAGAAACGAAUCCAGCUUGUUGCCGAAGAGGAUAUGGGGACUGUAUAGCGUACAACUCCAACACAGCAACAAUAGUGACGAGACUAUGCACAGGUCGUCAGACCUGCUUAUAUCCAACAAGAUCAGUAAAAAUAGACAGAUGUCAGGAUCCAACACUAGAGAGCUCUGACUAUAUGACGGUAUAUUAUAACUGCAUUCCAGGUACUUCAACAGUAAAUAUUUGCUCAGAUGACAAAAUACAAGCCAAACCGCCUUUAUACCUCUCAAACAAAGAAUAUCCUCUUCCAAGGACAGGGUUCAGCAAUUGUACUUGUAUGAUUGUGAAGCACCCGAGUCAAUCAAAGCUCACUUUGAGAGCGAUAGAAAUAUCCUUUAUAGAUCCCCAGUGUUCAGUUUCGUUAACAGUAGAACACGGAGAAGAUUUAGAGAAUAAAUUUCCAUGUAAUUAUAAAAUGGGUGGAUACAGACAGUGGCUAGAGGUGACAUCAGAUAGUGCCACCGUCAGCCUGACCAACAAAGAGGACCAGGGCGACACCUACUUUUGGAUGCAAAUUGACACUUCUGAUGUAUCAGAAGACUUGGUCAGUUUAUAUUGUGGAGAUGCAUUAGAGAAAUUUUUAAAUCCUGAUUCAAUGACAACGGGACAAACGACUACUAAUGCACCAUCCGUAACAACUAUGCAGUCAACACACCAGGCUACAACUAUGGAAUCAACGCACCAUGCAACAACUAUGGAAUCAACGCACCAUGCAACAACUAUUGAAUUAUCAACGUCCACAAUGAGAGAAACAUCAAAGAUGACAACAGCAGUACAAACCACUACAGAGGAGGAUAUGAUUACAAGAAGUGGUACUUCAACUCUAAAAUCCCAAACCACCAAACGCACAGCAAUAAAACCCGUCACAACCCAAAUCAUAACAGUGAAACCUAUGACAACGACAAGCACUACAAUGAAACCUAUGACAACGAAAAGCACUACAAUGAAACCUAUAACAACCAAAAGUACAAUGAAACCUAUGGCAACCCAAAGUACCACAACAAAACAAGAGAUGAUAGAUAGGAAUCUAAGUACAACCAAUUUAACAACUGAAAAUCCCACCUCUUCUUCCACAUUUACCUUCCCCUCUACCACUAAAACCACCACUAAAUUUGUGCCAAGAGUGUCAACCACCACCAUCACAACCAUAAAACCACAAACUACCACAGUCUCUAUGGAUAGAUCUUCUAAAGGUUUAGUUAUCCGUCCACAGAAAAAACAUUGCUUUGGCACCUGUCAUGACACUUUUGGGCACGGGUUCACACUGAAUUUAAAGUCCUUUAUCAACCCAUCGAAAGUCAAAAAAUACUGCAGGAAAAUAAACGAUCUGCUUUCCUGUUUCGAAUCCAAAUCGGAAGAGUGUUCCUCAACAGAAAAGAUGGAUGCGGACAAGGAACUCAGGGCCAAUGUAGCAGGACGUCAGGUCAUUUGUGAGGAAAAUCUAAGUGAGGUCCAGUAUAUGACAGAUUGCUACAAUAGGAAGAAUUUCAGACGCGAACUGUCAUCUUGUGAUCAAUUGCUUUACCCUUUUGAAAAUGUAGACAAGACUGAAAUAUGCAAAUUGAAGAAGGAAUUCGUAGACUGUGUGAGAGAUGUUGUAGAUGACUGUAAUGAUACAACUGUAUCCACCUUCAUGUAUAAUGUAACCAAUAGAUUGUUUGAUUUCCUGUACAAAACUGAGGACUGUGACACAGAAUCAGUCCAAGGUGACAAGGAACCAGAAGUUAUGGUGACCGAGAAACCGACACCAGAACCGGAAGUAGACGACGGAGCCAAUAAAUCAACACAACAACCAGUCGUACCAGAAAAAAAGGCAGGAGAUGACAAGAGAAAUGCAGCCCCGAGAGUCCAAGGAAUCCCUUAUCCUUUCAAUAUACUUCUAAUUGCUAAUUUAAUGAUUUUUCUGUCGUGAUGUGUUAUGUUGACGAAGUGUUUUUGGAAUAAUCGCGAAAAGUCUAUGGAGUCAUUUUUCUACUUUGAUGUAUGGUAUAGACAAGUUAAUGUAAUAAUGGUAGUUAAACUUAGAACUUGAUGCAUCAUCUCUCAGAUGAAUUUGGUAGUGUUGAGAUGUAGUAAACACAAAACAUGAAAUCUCAGGAACCAUUUUUGUUAUAUAGCUGUUUAUAGAUUGAAAGGAAUACCAUAGAUAAUAAAUUAUUAAUGAGUACAUUUAUUUUACUUUUAUUUACACCAAGUCUCUUAAAUCAAUUACCUAGAAAGAUCUCAAAAGGUCUAUUGUUCCAUUUACAGUACGAAGUUACUCAAACAUCGAGCAUAAGAAUUCUCAAAUUGAGGAUCAAGCCCUCUUUGCUUAAAAUUGUUUAUUUUCACAUGGCCGUGAUUGUGAAUAAAAUGUAUUUCAAUGCACAUGUUUAUGGUUUCUCUAGAAUGUAAUAUUUGAUUUCAUAGAUAUUUUUUAUAGUAAAUGUUCCUAAGUUUAAGUACGUUUUUUGAUAAAUGAGAGAGAGAGGGGGGGGGGGGAGAGAUUAUAUUCCUACAAAUGUUAACAUGAGAAGAAUAAUUUAAUUGGUAAUUUUUGGGGUAUUAAGCAAUCUGUGUUAAUUCUGUGUUAGACACAAGCGUAUGUUUGUACUUUGGAGGCCAUUUUGUAUUUGAUAAGGAUAUGUCAUUCAAAAACAUUAUAGUUAAGGAAUAGUUUUUCACCUUUAGUUCUCAAACUCCCAAAAAGUCUCUAUUUUGAAGUUAUUUUACUACUGAUAAAGAUCACAGUAAUUUUCAAAGAGUAUAUUGAGAUAGGAUCUUAUUCAUACAUGUAUGAUUAUUUUACAUACCAUCAACAUACAUAUCAUCCAUUAUUGUACUAUACUAAUCUAUUCUCUUGUUGUAAUUAAACAGUUAAUUUUUUUUAUCAAUAUUUAUUUUUUGCAAUUUUCAUAAAAUAUAUAAAAUUCCAGAUUUUGUAUAAAUAAUAAAAAACAGACACUUUUUUAAAUAAUAAACACAGACAAAAAUUACUUCUUAUUUGGUUUUUGAUAUAAUUGGUAAUGGGUGAAAUUACAUUUCUUUCUGAAUUUUUAAUGUUGUUACUGUAAUUAGAAUCCUUAUCAUUUAAAGUGCCUGGAGUGGCUGGAGUUAAGUGUAGAAAUGCAUUUUAUGCUACAUAGAAGAGUUAUUAGAUGUUAUAAAUUUGAUAUUUGUGAAAUAUCUUCCUAUAUAAAUGUAUGGUGAGUAUAUUUGAUAAUGUUUAUUGUGCCUGUAUAAUUUGAGUGCUUGAGUGAUGACGUUCCUAUGUUCUCGUAGUUAUCAUAUAACUGAUUAGAUCCCAGUUAUUUUCUUACCACCUGUAUGUAUAAACCGUCAUAUAAUGUCAGAAAACCUGUUUUAAAAUAUCUAUGUUACUUUUCCCUUGGAAUGAUGAUGUUAUCUUUUUUUUAAUACAUUUGAACAUGACAAUAAAUGAUGUAAUCUUUGUA